AGGGGAAGGGGCUGGUUGCGUGUGGACCGCCCGGUUGCCCUUAUGCGACUGAGCCUUGCAGCGCCCUCCGAGCUCUCUCACAGCACACUCAUCUAUGGUCCUGCCGCGGUAAUAGUCCACAGGGGCUGUCUUGCCCCCAAUGCACACAGCGGACUUCGAGCUCAUUCCAAUACGUGCGGAAUCCGACGAUUCAGACCGCACUGUGGCCCCCAGCGAGCCCUCUCGCGACAUCCUCGAAAGCGCUGAUGUCGCUGCGCUGGUGGCCAAGAGCCAUGUCGACAGGAUCCCUCUCGAGGUGGAAGAAGAAGACAUCUAUCGUGGCGAGGAGCCUAGUCCUCCUAGAUGUGCAUCUCCGGAUUCCAUCACCUCGUCCUCCAGCUCCUCUGUCUUUCCAGGACGCCUCGGAGCGAUCUCUGCCGUCUUGGAACAUGCCAUUGCUACUUGGGCUCGUGCUUGGGCAUCUUCGUCGUCCAUCUCGACAUCCUCUUCCUCGUCGGCAUCCUCCAUCGUUACGAUGACCCGGUCACAAAUGGCCCGUCGACGCAGACGGCGAAAGAGUCAGACAGACCUCCGCAACCAGCAGUCUGAGCGCGAGGUUGCUGCUCGAAUUAAAGCUCGCGAGGAGUCGAGGAUCAUUCCUCGUGCGUUUGACCUGUAUGUUCCCAGCCCCGAGGAUCUUGAUGGGACGUUGGUGGAGGGCCAGGCCGCAAAUGCUAUCAAGGCCGAACAGAGAACGCCAAUCCUGCAUACAGACUCCCUCCCUUUUGUCAUAAGCCGGCUUGGUUCAGUCCUGAGAGACCAUGGGCGCGCACGACGAACUCGAUCAGAGACGGCGGCACCGGUGUCACCUUCUCCCACUUCCCCUUUCCUCCACCACAGCUACAUGAUGCCUUACGAUCUGGGGAGUCCCGCUUUGUUUAUAUACCCGAACACUCAGGCGGGGAGGAGAGAUAGAAAGGGCAAGCGGAGGGCAGGGUCUGCGCCUGCUACGGUACAUCUGCCCCCGGCCCCAUCGUCGAGUAUGGCUGUUGCGGAGAAGGCCUGGUGGCUCGACGUCUCGUCUCCAACUUGGGAAGAUAUGCGUGCCAUUGGCAAGCUUUUGCAUCUCCACCCUUUGACUCUUGAGGAUAUCCUACAGCAAGAUCCACGAGAAAAGCUUGAGUUGUUCCCCAAGCUCGGAUACUAUUUUAUUGCGUUCCGAGCAAUAGAAAGUGAGAAGACACGAGAAAGGAUACGCGCUCGUAGGUCUCCGCAGGAGAGGCCCUCACCACUGGACGAGGGGAUUGUAGGCGAAGUGAACGUAUACAUGAUUGUCUUCCGUGGAGGCAUCUGCUCUUUUCACUUUGCGGAUAUAGGCGAACACGUUGAGCAUGUUCGGCACAAAAUCCUCCAAUUAUCAGGAAAUAUCAACAUGUCCUCCGACUGGAUUGCCCAUGGCAUCAUGGAUUCCAUUGUUGACUCAUUCUUCCCCUUUCUCAAAGUCAUAGAACGUGAAGUCGACGAGAUAGAGACUUUGAUGGUUUCCGAUCCCGUGGAGCCCCACCCAAAGCCUGGGCGCCAGGAUGCUGUGAACCGCUCGCAGGUCACCUUGAUACCCAGCGCCGACAGUGAAAAGGAUGGUACGAAGGACAAGAUCGAGAUAGUAACACUCACUUCUACAUUGUCCGACCAAGAACCCGAGCCUUGGAAGACCGUCGAGCGGAAGACCCAGUUUGUCCUCCCUAAGCGAUGGCCUAUUUUUGUCCGCCGUUUCGAACGGUAUAUCCGCGAGGUGUACGGGCACUUCCGCGUGGUGUUCAAGCAUACCCCGACUGUGACGACGACGACUACGGUGCACCGGAUGGCCCGUACGAGGAGGCUAGUCAUCUCUCUCGCCCGAUUUUUGGAUCACAAGCAUGAGGUGGUGGCGCAGCUGCAGAAGCGGCUCUUGACGGUGGGAGAAUGGAGAUUGAGACAUGGAACGGAGCACGACCAGGAUGUCUAUAUCUACAUGGGGGAUGUCCAAGAUCACAUUCUGACCUUGCAACAAUCGCUUGCGCACUACGAACGCGUCCUCAGCCAGGCGCACCCGAUAUACCUCUCCCAUCUCCGGCUAUCCGUCUCCAAGGUUCAGUCUGGCACAGACACUGCAGUUGUUACCCUGACGACCGUCAGUUUGGGGGUAGUCUGCGUGCAGACGUUAAUUGGUCUGUUCUCGAUGAAUGUUCUCGUUCCAAGUAAUGACCUCGAGGGGAACAAAUACAAUGCAUUCGCUGUCGUCAUCGCGCUUUCGGUCGUCAUCAUACUCGUCUAUGCCUUUAUCGUGAGGCAAUGGUGGGUGUGGGCAAAGCAGAAGCGGCGAACGAGGUUCUGACAUCCUCCGUCGCUGGGACCCUGGAAUAAUCUAUCCGCAAUAUGGCCCUCAGCAGUAUGCGAUCUUAAUAAGCUGUAUGUGUCGGGUUCCUGCACCUCCGACUCUAGCGAUCGUAAUUUAUCGCUCCAUUGCUUGGAGGACUUAACCUCAUCCCACCUCUUCAAUUCAGGCUGUAUUGUGCAGAGGAAAAAGUAUUUACACAUAGAAUAUAUGUUCACAUGGACAUCUAUUGCCAAAGAGCAGAGCGUAUUGGUAUACAUUUGCUGGUCUGUUU